AUGGACUACAAUUAUCAACAAAAGUCUCAUCAAAACCUGUUUCUUUUGUUUUUCGUCAUUUUGCAAAGUAUAUUUCAAACAAUUUCAAGUUUGAAUUCCAACGACCUAUGCUUAAACAAAACAUGCAGUGGUUGCAUUGCUGGAUCGCUAUCUUGUCAAGAAGGUGGACUUACACAUUUACCAGAUCGUCUUAGUUCUGACAUUCAGUCCAUGAUAAUGAUGGGUCAUAAGUUUAAUAAUCCAACUCUAACCAGCGAUAACUUUUCCAUAUAUAUUCAACAAAACGUUAAGCUACAACGUCUUACUCUGCGUAAUUGUGGUAUCCAGUCAAUUCAGUCACAUUUAUCUCAAAAUCGAAUCAAAACAAUCUUAAAAGGUACUUUUGAAGGCUUGCACUUGGAUUUUUUACGUCUAGAUGAAAAUUUUGGUUUAAGUAUUGAAGACGGUGCUUUUCAAGAUACUUCUAUUGUGUCAUUAUCUAUGAAUCAAUGUGGUCUUAAAAUAUUGAGUUACAAUGUUCUUUUGCCAUUGAUAAAUAGUAAACAACUCAAAAAUUUACAUUUAUCUGGCAAUCAGUUAAUAACUCUAGAAAGUCGUCUAGAACCUAUUUUCCUUCAUUUGCAAAGUUUAUCACUGGAACAAAAUCCUUUUAAUUGUGAUUGCAAAUUAAGUUGGCUUGUGUCUGUAUUGAACAGACGACAAGUACAACGGCGUACACGAGGUUUGUCAAUGUUUAAUGGGGAUAUCGAUGAUGUUGAAACAAAUUUGUUACAUAAGUCAAAUAGUUUAAUGGAAAUGAAUCAACAUAAUACACCACUAGAUGGUGAUUUAUUAAAACCAUUAUGUCAUAAUCCAAGACGACUAAUCGGACGAAGUAUUGAAUCACUGACUGCAUCAGAUUUUUACUGUGGUACACCAAAACUUCAAGUUAUUGAAGUUGACCUAGGUCAAUUAACAACUUUUUAUCAAAAUCAAAAUAACAACAAAAAGUUAACAUCAGGAAAGUUCGAAAAAGAAAAUGAUAAUUCUCUAAUUAUAACUGUCAGAUGUCAUGUUAAAGGUUCACCAGAACUUCAAUUGGACUGGUAUCGUCCAAUUAAUCAUGAUAACAAUAGUAAUCGUGACCAAAUAACAAAUACUCAGUCAUACUCAUUUACACGAACUCAACAUCAUCCAAAUCAACAACAACUUAUUCGUAUUCCAAAUUCAAAAAUACUCAGGUCUGGUGGAAUCGAAUUAAAAUUGAGUCGAAAAAUAAACCUAAAAGAUGAUAAUGCAUUGAAGCAAUCUGAUAAUCAGUCUACAAUAUCAGCAACUGAAAAAUUGAUUUGUUUUGCCACUGAUUCUAAUGGAAAUACAAGUGCUGAAAUAGUUUUCCAUUGGCCAACUAUUGAAAGUUUACGAAUGAUAUCAGAUAAUUUUGAUAAUUUACAAACUAAAGUUCAAAAUCAUCCCAGAUUAUCUAGUGAUAUUAAUGAGAAUAUUAUAUACACAGAUAAAACAAGAAUAACCAAUGAUCGUUCUACAGGUAACUAUGAAAUUACACCUGGUUGGUAUACAGUUUUACAAGAUGAUCCAGAAAAUAUGUUGUUUCAGAAACAAUUCUCUGUACUUGAAAUGAUUGGUGCAGUUGUUGGAACAUUUACUGUAACAUUAGCACUUUUUAUAUUUGGAUGUUGUUUGUUACGAAUUCAUAAACGUAGUCGGUAUAAAGUUCGUUCAAAAAUUUUAUUACAUCAUACUACUUCAGAAAAUUCUUAUCGAAAUUUUUCACCAGCAUCAGAAAAUUUAAAAUCACCUCCACAUUCAUCUACUAGUAACCAUUUAUUGAGCAAUCCAUCCAAUAAUAAUAACGAUAGUGGUAUUAAUCCCAGUAGUAAUAAUAAUGUGUCAUAUUCUCUCAAUCCUGUACCAAAUACACUAGUAAAUUCCUAUACAGCAAACAAUUUUAUUACUGGGAAUGGAACACUUGUAAAUGAAUUUAAUGGAAUGAAACAUUUACCAUAUAUGACACCAACAUAUGAACCAAUUAAUAGUACCGGUGAUUUUCAAACAUCUACAGGAUAUUCAGAUUCACAAACUUAUGAUUUACCACGAAUUCUCCCAACACAUUCACCACCAACUAUUCCUUUACCACCAUUACCAAAUGGAUUUAUUAACAAUGUCAGUAAUGCUAACGUAAUUACCCGGUUAAAUGAAAUGGAACGCAACAAUACUACUACUAUCAAUACAGAUAACAACAGCAAUAAUAAUUGUAAUAAUAAUCAUUUACCACUUCUGAUGACAACCUUACCCUACAUAAAGACAGCACAGUCAAUAAAUAAUGAUAUAAAUCGAUGUGUAGAUACUUCAAUACUAUCCCCAUUCCUUAUGAAUGAUACACAAACUUUAUCAGCAGCUAUGUCAAAUGCUACAGCUGCGGCAACAUUAAAUUUACACAUGAAACACCAACAACAACAACAUUUCAAUUCAAAUCAUAAUCGUAAUUCAAUUCCUCAGCAUAAUCAACAUUUUACACAAAAUAACGCUCAUGAUAAUAUUAUAGUACAAAAUCAACUAAUCGAUUUAAUUACUCGUCAAAAUCUUUUCAAUCAACAACUACAUGAUAUACAACAUUAACUAAUAAA